AUGGCUGAGGUACAUGUCAUUGGACAAAUUGUUGGUGGUAGUGGUUUUCCUGAAUCAAGUCUCUUUUGUAAAUGGAAAGUACAAAUGGGCAGUGCAUGGCGUGUCUUACAAGGUGAUCAAGAAGGUCAAACACAAGUCGACGAUCCAUCGGAUGAACCGAUGGCUAACUGGUGUCAUCCUAUCGAUCUCCACUUUGCUACGAAAGGGCUACAAGGCUGGCCGAAGUUUCAUUUGCAAGUAUGGCACCAGGAUGCUUACGGACGUAAUGAAUUAUACAGCUAUGGAUUUUGCCAUAUUCCAGUUAGUCCAGGCUAUCAUGAACUUGAUUGUGUAACAUGGAGACCAAAGGGUACGCUCAUUGAAGAACUCAAGACGCAAUUUAUCGGUGGAAGUUCUCAAUUAAAAAAUCCUGAUUUAGUUUCGUCGAGUGCUGAACUCUAUAAAUUACGAACCGUGUCGAUGGGCAAAGUUCAUCUACGAUUACAUAUCAUCGUUCGUGAUUUUGAAAAAUAUGGUGUUGAAUUUUAA